UUCUUCAAGACGUCGGUAGUUGGAGCGAAGGAACGGAGCAUUUCUUAAGAAGUGUAACGCUUUUUUGAGAGGCAAGGUAGAGAGGUUGUUGACUCAAAAAUGCGAACGUGAGACAACUGCAGAACGGAAAGACGGACGUUCGGGUCCUCUAGUGUUGAGAAGAGUGUCAUCUGUAGUGGAUUCCCGAGGUGCUGACUACAAAAGUGUUCUAUCAUUCUGAGAGUAAGAGUCCUACGUGUGUCUGACAUGCAGAUGAAACGAAGCCUGCUGUCUGAUAGGACGACUGAAGAUAUUGCAUGCCUCCUCCUUAUUGAUAAUUAAAGUGCCAGUGAGUCUGCCAGCCUGCUCUCUGCUCUACUGCCCUCCCUCCCUUACUCCAUUGACCAUGUUCAUCCAGGCUUGAGCAUCACUGACCGCCUGCUGGACACCCUCUCACAGGUAUCCAUUUGAAACAGGACAUCGAAGAGCUGGCCAGUCAGUGUGGAGCAGGAACAGUAAUUGAGGCUGCUGUGUGUGCUGUGCAGAGUGGAGUUUCUCAUACCAUGGACAGAGAGGAGACACACACGCGCGCAUUCCCCAGUCUCUGAGCACACACACAGGGGGGAGAGCGAGAACCAGGGAGUUGAGAGUUGUGUGGAGGCCGGAGCCUGAGGGAGUUCCCCCCUCAUCUGUAGCCCGGCUAACAGUCCAGACACCAUGCUGGUGCUGUGGGAAGGAGCACAUUGGAGCCAUCUCAUUUUGCUUGGACUUUUGUCUCUGCGCUACCAGACCUACGCUAACGUUCUGGACAGUAUGUUGCUGAGGACUUUGGGGAAGGCGGCGGUGGACGGUGAAAAGGAGUCCAGUGGGAGCACAGCCCCAGCCCUGCCCCAGCGACAGCUCUGGUGUUACUGCUAUCACCACUGUCCUGAGGACUCCACCAACAACACCUGCAGGACGGAUGGGUACUGCUUCACCAUGGUGGAGGAAGAGGAGGGAGGGGUCCCUGUCCUCACAUCAGGAUGUCUGGGUCUGGUGGGAUCAGAGUUCCAGUGCAGGGAUACAGGCAACUCCCGACUGAGAAGAUCCCUGGAGUGCUGUACUGACCAGGACUACUGCAACAAAGACCUGCACCCCACCCUGCCCCCACUCAAAACACCCAAUUAUGCAGAUGGGAACAUUCACCACAUGGCUCUGCUCAUCUCUGUCACUGUGUGCAGCAUCAUCCUGGCUCUCAUCAUUAUUUUCUGCUACUUCAGGUACAAGCGCCAGGAGUCUGGGCCGCGCUACAGCAUUGGUCUGGAGCAGGAUGAGUCCUAUAUCCCUCCAGGAGAGUCUCUCAGAGACCUCAUAGAACAGUCCCAGAGUUCAGGAAGUGGCUCAGGUCUCCCCCUGCUGGUGCAGCGCACCAUAGCCAAGCAGAUUCAGAUGGUGAAGCAGAUUGGAAAGGGUCGCUACGGGGAGGUGUGGAUGGGCAAGUGGAGAGGCGAGAGGGUGGCCGUCAAAGUCUUCUUCACCACCGAAGAGGCCAGCUGGUUCAGAGAGACUGAGAUUUACCAGACUGUCCUCAUGAGACACGAGAACAUACUGUGCUUCAUAGCGGCUGACAUCAAGGGAACAGGCUCGUGGACCCAGCUCUACCUGAUCACAGACUACCAUGAGGGUGGCUCUCUGUACGACUACCUCAAGUCCACCACGCUGGACACCAAGGCCAUGCUACGGCUGGCCUACUCCUCAGUGUCAGGCCUCUGUCACCUCCACACAGAGAUCUUUGGCACCCAGGGCAAGCCGGCCAUCGCCCACAGAGACCUGAAGAGCAAGAACAUCCUGGUGAAGAAGAAUGGAGCCUGCUGCAUCGCUGACCUGGGCCUGGCCGUCAAAUUCAUCAGUGACACCAAUGAGGUGGACAUCCCUCCCAACACCAGGGUGGGCACCAAGCGCUACAUGCCCCCAGAAGUCCUGGAUGAGAGCCUCAACAGGAACCACUUCCAGUCCUACAUCAUGGCCGACAUGUACAGCUUCGGCCUCAUCCUCUGGGAGAUCGCCAGGCGCUGCGUCUCAGGAGGUAUUGUAGAGGAGUACCAGCUACCGUACCAUGACCUGGUGCCCUCUGACCCCUCGUAUGAGGACAUGAGAGAGGUGGUCUGCAUCAAGAGGUUACGACCUUCCUUCCCCAACCGCUGGACUAGCGACGAGUGCCUUAGGCAGAUGGGCAAGUUGAUGACUGAGUGUUGGGCCCACAACCCGGCCUCUCGCCUCACGGCACUGCGCGUCAAGAAGACCCUGGCCAAGAUGUCCGAGUCUCAGGAUAUUAAACUGUGAUGGCGGGGAGGGACACUCCAGGCGUGGGGGAAACACGUCACCACGGACCGACAGCCAGCGCUCUGCUCCGCUCUACCCACAGUCCUCUGCUGCAUGGGGGGUCAGGAGGACCAGAAGCCAGCAGUGCACCACAGGGAGCCUCACCCCGGGCCACGGUCACUCAAAGAGAAGGAGGAAACCGCCCGUAACCCCUGGAACCCCUUGAACUGUCGUGAUGAACUACUUGUUUAGAUACUGAAGACCUGGGGCAGGUAUUGCCUUUUUAAAGCGACCUGCUACGAUCACGUUUGGUUGGCUUGGACAAAGAGGACACAAGCCAAGUGGGUUUUAUUUGUGCUUUCUGUGAAAGCUGCUCUAGUUUUGGAUGACGGGCCAGUGGUGGCCGGAGGAAGAGGGAGAUGGGGAACUGCAUGAGGAGGAUGGAGGGGGACCCCUUCAGGCGCAUCACAGGAUGACAGCAGGAGGAAUCAGCUGACAAUCUGAAGCCAUAAUCAAGUGUCGAUUUAGAUUUUUGGGUGUAUUUAUUAGUGCAAACCGUAGAAAAACAUUUUGCACCGCAAAGGUUUUGCAACAAAAACAAGCAUUUCUUAUUGGACAAUUUUAGUUUAGUCCCUCCCCAUUUUAGCCAGUUGGCUUCUGUUUGGUUCCUAGUGAAUACACCCCUGUUGUUGUCCAGUAGUUUACCAAGGUAAACCAUGUUGUGUCUGGAGUAAAGGGGAGUUUUUUUUCUUCACCAUGAGUACAUUAUAAAGUGUCAAGUUCUGAUUCACUGGGGCCUCAUUUGUAAAAGUAGCUUAAUUUUUAUGUACUCUACAAAUAAAGAUAUUCAAAUGAUAUCAGCUCAAAUUCAAAUUGUAUCUGCAUUAAAACAUUUAGGUGAUGA